GAGAGAGCCAGGGAACUCAGAAUUCUAUCCCAGUUGAAGGGCUUAUCACACUCCUAGAACUCCUAUCCUUCACCAACAUCAUGAGAAGCUUUGUGGCUAUCUUCUCUAUCCUCAUCAUGGCCACUGCCUUUUGCUAUCAGGUGUCUUCAUUAACAGUUGGGUCUGACAUUCCCAUUGCUUGCUGUUUCUCCUAUACCUCCCGGAAGAUACCUCAAGCAUUUGUGGUGGAUUUUUAUGAGACCAGUAGCCAAUGCUCCCAGCCAGCCGUCAUAUUCCUCACCAAAAAGGGUUAUCAAGUCUGCGCCAACCCUAGAGAGCCAUGGGUCCAGAAAUAUAUCGAAAAGCUGAAGUGAAGGAAGGCCUGGAUUGCAUGGGAGAAACAGUUCGAGUUCCUUCUGGGUUGAAGAAUAAGCUACCAGAGCCAGAAAAGUCUCUGUGCCCCUACUGGCAACAUCUGAGUCAAGCUGGCCUUGACUCAAGGCUCUGGCAUAUCCCCUGACUUCAAUGUAAACUACUUUAUCGUAUUUAAUGUUCAUAACUUAUUUCCAGUGUUGAACUAUGUUAUUUAUCAGAUGUUUGUGAGGAGGGCCCACAUGCCAUUCUCUCCCUCUGUCUCCUUGCCCAUUCUCCAUCCCCUCGAUGGCUGUUCUCAUGGUGCUAGUGUCUGUAUGAUGCGGCAACAAUGACUGAUGCAAGGGUAUCUCCUGAACCUCUGCUAUGAGCCAUGGUUUUCCUUGCCCAAAGCCCUUGAAGAGAAUAAAGAAAUGGUUUUU